AUGGAGGAGUGCUAUCAAUUGAAAGAUGAGAUUGGGCUAAUAAGACAAGGGUAUUUUAAAGAGCUAGUAAUGAAAUGUCGAGCAGAAGAAACUGUUGCUCGCAGAAGCCGGUCCAAAAGCCCCGAUCGAAGACAAGAUAAAGGAAAAGGAGUGGUGAAAGAAGCUAAUUUGGGGGGAAAUGCGCCUGUAAAAGGCAUCAUUUAUACCAUUGUAGGAGGACCCGAAGGGGGAGAUUCGAGAAGGGCAAGAAAGCGGCAGAGUAGAAAUGUUCAGCAUGAUCAGUUGAUCGCGAGUAUUGAGCCAGAUGAGGAGAUCACAUUCGGGGACAAAGAUGUGGCAGGAGGAGUUAGGUCGCAGAACGAUCCCAUGGUGAUCAAACUCGACAUAGCCAAUUUUACUGUCCGGAAAGUUCUGAUUGAUAAUGGAAGUUCAGCAGAUAUCAUCCUUUGGGAUGUUCUUGUUAAAAUGGGGUUAGAAAAUACGAAGUUAGAAUCAGUAAGGACCCCAUUAGUUGGAUUUGGUGGUACUGAGAUUGUCCCAUUAGGAACACUUGAUUUACCCGUGUCUAUGGGAGAAGACCCUCGAAGGAAAACGUUGAUGAUCAAAUUCAUAGUCGUAGACACACCCUUUGCUUAUAAUGUAAUCUUUGGAAGACCUGGGCUGAAUGCAUUCCGAGCUAUAGUGUCUACAUACCAUCUGAAAGUAAAAUUUCCAACCAGAGCAGGAAUAGGGGAGGUGAUUUGCGAUCCCGAGGAAGCGCGUAAAUGUUAUAAUUUAUCCCUGAAAAAGGGUGAAGGCACGGAUAAAAGGAGGAAAUUAGAUGUGAUCGAAGGGGGAAGCCAAAUAUCUGACGGAAAGAUCGAAAGAAUUUGA